AUGUCCGAACAAAUAUUAUUGAAUUUGUUCUCUAGACUGGAUAAAAAUGGUGAUGGUAUACUCUCAAUAGAAGAAUUAAAACAAGGAUUACGAUCAUCAGGAGCUACAGAAAACGCAAAACUUAUAGAAAAGCUCGAUUUAAAUUUUGAUAAUAAUAUUACAUAUGAAGAAUAUAUACAAGCUAUACGUCAUGAAAAUAAAUAAAAUAGAAUCCCUUAUUGUUUUAAUACGCCUAUUCAGAAUACAACAAUGUAUUGUAUUGUACAAGAUAUUGUAUUAACUAUUUCAAAACUAUUAAAUUAGUUAUUGAAAUAUA